AUGGAAUGGUUAGAACAUAAAGGAAAAAUAGUCAAAUGUUAUCUUUGUAAAAAGAAAGAAACAAAAAGAAAAUUUGCAACCUUUGGAAAUAUAUUCUUUUGUACUUGGGAAGAAAAAUAUGCUUAUCAAAUAUAUCUUGAUAUAGCAAAUCCUUGUCAUAAUUACACUUAUAAAAGAAGAAAAGAACAUUGGCUCAAUACUAAGCAAUUAGCAGAAAAAUAUACAACAGUUAACAGAUCAACUAUAAAAAGAAUUUAUGACUAUAUUGCAAGAAGAGAACCAAAUUUACAACAAUUAAAACUUCUAAAAGAAUAA